AUGUUACUCUUACUGCUCUAUGUGUUGGUACCAAAAGGAUCUAAUCAAACAGACAAUGCAACAGACUUUGCGGAAAAUCAACUGAAACUUGGUGCUCGCAUAGUAGGCGGCAAAAUUGCUGCAAUCGGAGCUUUUCCAUACCAAGUUUCCAUAUGCCACAACGAAAAGCAUAUCUGUGGUGGCGCUAUAAUACACAAAAGCUGGAUCUUGACUGCUGCUCAUUGUUGCUACGGAUCCACCAGUGAUCUGGUCAUUCAUGCUGGAACUAACAAAUUGAACGAAACUGGAACAGCGUAUCAGUCACAAAAAAUUUUUACGCAUCCAAAGUUUUCAGUAUUGCUUCGGAGGAAUGAUAUUUGUCUCAUAAAAGUGAAGGAAACAAUUACAUUCAAUGACCUCGUGCAACCGGUUAGGUUACCACCUUAUGACAUCAACGAAAAUGGCCUUCCAGCCGUUGUUUCUGGUUGGGGUGCGACAUCAUAUCUUGCUGACUAUUCGAACGAUCUGCAAUACCUGGACACCUUUCUGCUAAGCCGCUCCUCUUGCAUGUGGAAAACAAUGAUUCCUGUAAUUUCGACAAAAAAAAUUUGUGCGUUCUCUCGCAAAAAUGAAGGCUCUUGUUCCGGAGAUUCUGGCGGUCCUCUAGUCGCCAAUGCUGCCAUCGUAGGCGUGGUGUCUUAUGGCUUCAAUGGAUGUGCUUCUGGCAAGCCGGAUAUUUUUACUCGAGUCUACAAAUACGUGGAUUGGAUAGAUAAGCUCAUCGAGAAUAAUUAA